UAUACUCUUUGCCAAAAGUGACAAAACAGCAAAACAGCUGUGUUUAUCAAUUUAAUGAAAUUAUGUAUUUCGUAAUUUCUUGUAGGAAUUAGACAUUAGCUAAGAAGUACAAGCUAAGAAUAGUAUAUCUUAGCAUAAGACAUAGUUUUUUUUGCCAUUAAAAAAGAAUUUUAGAAUAAAAUGGAUAAGUGUGAUACACCUGUUCACGGCACUAAAGUGCCUUUUGAUCCUGGCUGGAAUGAUCCACCCCAGUUUUCGUAUAGCGCUCAACAAACGACACCUAAUAGGCCACGCAAUUUUCUUAACAAACGAGUCGCCUUUCCACUAUCUGGUACUGGGUCGACACCAGUGUCUAGUCCUCCAGCAAAUUUACUUCCUAUGCCUGUCCCAAUGGCACAACCAAGCCCAACACAAAGCAUACAAAUUAAUAGAAAUGAUAAAGAUAUUGAAAUUGAUAGUGAAAGUACACUCAAGGAAGUUAAAGAUAUUUUAUUGCGAUUUGUUGAUAGUGGUGACUUGGGUUCGAAAGGAAACGAUGUUAAAAAGAGAAUAAAUGUUAUGGAAGAUAUGUGGUUAAAUGGAAAACUAAAUAAAAGCAUUCAAGUUCAGAUGAAAGAACUGGCAUAUGCUCUUCGAGAUGAUCAGCCAGCUAAAGCUGAUGAAAUCCAUAAAUCAUUAAUGGUUGAUCAUGUAAGUGCGGUAUGCACAUGGAUGUCAGGUGUUAAGCAGCUCAUCUACCACUGCACUGCACGCUUAGAACUACUGGAUAUAGAUAAACAAGAAAGUCAAAAAUGUGAUACAGAAUAAACCCUCACCCGACAAGUUCACUUUUAUAAGAGAAAAUCAGUCAAUGUAUUAACAAGUAAUAAUCAAUUUUAUACUCACAUUGCUAUCAUUACUACUACUGUAAUAAACAAUAAGAAAUUAUAAAGAUUUAUUCAUUAGUUUUCUGCGAUAAACGACAUCAACUAUUCAAUUUCUUAUUACAUGUUAACAUAAAAAUUUUAUUCAUAUUCAAAAAAUAUUCCGCUUAUUAAUCAUAUAUAAUGUGUAAUUCCUAAAAAAGAAAUGUACAAAAAAAAAUGUAUACAUGAAUAGCUGUAAAUAAAUAUAUGUGGAAAGGA